UCUUGUGAACCCUAAAGAACCAGAUGCUCUUAAAGGCAUUCACUCGAUUACAUUCGUUGGUUUAAUGUUAUCGGCGAUUAGAAAUCCAGAAGGAAUGGAUAAGUUUUACUUACGUUAUAAAGAAUAUUUUGAAAGGGACGGUCUUGUAAAGCUUCAUUUUAAAGGAAAAUGGGUUUGCAUGAUAUCUGAUCCAGCAAUUGCUAAGGAUGUAUGUUUACGAUCUGAUGCUUUUCCAAAGUUAAUGUUAGAUGAAAUCAUGGCCGGAUCUGUGGCUGAACGACAUUUUGGUGUAAAUGUUGUUCAUUCAAAUGGUGAUGUGUGGAAACGACACAGACGUGCGUGUAACCCUGCAUUUAAGGCUUUACCAGUGCACCUUUUUGUUGAAAAGGGGUUAGAGAUGAUGGAAGUUUUAGAAAAGGUCGAUAAUAAGCCUAUUGAAGUCAAUGACAUUAUGCAAAGGUUGACUUUGGACGUCCUUGGAAAAGCUUCUUUUAAUUUUGAUUUUAAUAAUCUUCAAGAUCCGCAUAAUGUCUACGUAACAGCUUAUAAUGAAGCUCAGAAUGUGUUUAGAAAUCCAUUUUAUUCUAUUUUUCCAGUUGAACGCAUUCCGAUUUUAAGACGGCUAGUAUUUAGUAAAGUUGAUAGAUUAAGUAAUUUAUUUGAGGAUAUUAUUAAGGAAAAACGCAAAUCUUUAGCGGCUGGGCAAUCUAAUGGAGAUCUUUUGGAACAUAUGAUAAAGGCUUGUGAAGAUCCUGAUAAUCCAACUUUAUCAGAUGUUGAACUAAGACAUAAUUUAGCCAUUUUUAUGGUGGCAGGCCAUGACACAACCGCAACUGCUUUAUCAUCUCUUUUAUAUCUUUUAGCAGUUCAUAAAGAUGUUCAAAGGAAAGCCCGUGAAGAGGUCUUAAAAAUACUUGGUGAUGAUCUAACACCAUCGGCAGAACAUCAUGCGUCAUUAAAGUAUUUGAAUAUGAUUAUUCGUGAAAAUCUUAGAUUAUACCCUCCA